GGAAGGGGGGAGGAGGGUUUAAAAGCAAUAUUUGACUAAAACCAGUGAAGAAGAGAGAGGGGAGGAAACCAGAUCUGAAAGCUCAAUACUCUACAGACUCAACACCGUCAACAGCAAAAUAAACAGCAAGGUCUUGUCAUAUAUCUAUCAUCAUUACAUGAUCUGACUCGGUCUCUCCUUCCCGACUCACGCUCAAAAAUGCCGCGCCCUUUUUUUCACAAGCUAAUUCUCUCAUCAACCAUUCAGGAAAAGAGGCUGAGGAUUCCAGAUAACUUUGUUAAGAAAUUUAAGGACGAGCUGUCUGUUGCUGUUGCUCUCACUGUUCCUGAUGGUCAUGUUUGGCGCGUAGGAUUAAGGAAAGUUAGCGACAAAAUUUGGUUUCAAGAUGGUUGGCAAGAGUUUGUAGAGCGUUACUAUAUUCGGAUUGGGUACUUUUUAGUCUUCAGAUAUGAAGGGAAUUCUGCUUUCAGUGUUUACAUAUUUAAUUUAUCUUUUUCUGAGAUAAAUUACCAUGUCAAUGGUCUUGUUGGUGGCAAUGAAGCACAUAAUCAUUUCAAAAGAAAUCGUAUAUUCGAAGAACUGGAAGACGAGGAUGCUGAAAUUGUUGGUUCUUCAUCCAUGUGCCCAUAUCCCGCAUAUCCUGAUUCUCUGGCACUCAACAAAAGCUACAAUACUGCAGCACUGCAAAAUCUGUUCAGUGGCCCAAAAGAGGAGGAUGUACAGAAACCUAAAAAGAGGGGGCGGAAGAAGCAGAGGAUCGAUCCAAAUGAUCACAAUCCAUCAGGUCAACAUGAAGAUGAGGUAGACAUGAGAUUUAGAUUUUACGAAAGUGCAUCAGCACGAAAGAGAACUGUAACAGCUGAAGAAAGAGAACGAGCAAUUAAUGCAGCCAAAGCAUUUGAACCAACUAAUCCUUUCUGUAGAGUUGUCCUACGACCAUCUUAUCUCUACAGAGGGUGCAUAAUGUACUUGCCUUCUUGCUUUGCCGAAAAGCACCUUAGUGGAAUUUCAGGGUUCAUUAAACUACAGAGUUCUGAUGGCAAGCAAUGGCCUGUUCGGUGUCUUUAUAGAGGUGGGAGAGCGAAGUUUAGUCAGGGUUGGUAUGAAUUUACGUUGGAGAAUAAUUUAGGGGAAGGAGAUGUUUGUGUCUUUGAACUCCUCAGGGCAAGAGAUUUUAUUCUCAAAGUUACUGUAUUUCGAGUCCUCGAAAGUGUGUGACCGAUGAACUGGCCUAAAAACGAAAAACCAGCCAGACUGCAUCAGUUAGAAACAUAAUUUGCUGGCGAUUUCUCACAGGCUCAACCUAGUCAGUUAACUAUUUACUCCUCUCUGAUCUCUCUCAAGAAUUUGGAUGCCAUUUAAUGUCCAUAUAAGUUUUUCAGUACAGCUUGAUGGAAGUCCUUUAGUUGUUUAUUAGAAUGGACUGAAUGCUGAAAUUUUGUGGCUUGAGAAUAUAGGGCUGUAAAUAGAUUUUUCCAAUCAAGUUGACUUUGAACUAGACUGGAUGAUGGGUCUUAGUCAUAAUCAUCCUAAUUGUUACUUUUGUUGUAUUUUGAAAAGUAAUAUUAUGGCUCCACCUUUGUUCUGCUUGUAAUCUGCUUCAGUGUUUAACAUUUAGCAGGUAAAAAGUUAUUCUUGAGAUGGAGAAAGCUGAACAUAUCAGAUAUUGUGGAAAUUGACUGGAAGUAUUACAGUAAACAUGAAUAUAUUGCUCGUAA